CGCCGCCUUUCGAAUUUACAUAUACCAGAAGCACAAACGCAUGUAAACUUCUGGCGCCGUACUGCAACCCGGCAUUGACACUACACAGACGCCUAUCAUCGCAACGAGCCUCAUCCAAUCACACCAUCGCAAUCCCACCAAAUCCCCAAUUCACCCCAUAAUUCCCCCAUUACCGUGGUUAUCCGUCGGUAAAGAGCCCGUCCAUUAGGCUCCAUUUCUCCAUUUCCCCAACAAUCACCCCACAGCAACCAGCCAUCACCCCGUCUAACUGAUAUCGUUACCCCCGUUUAGGAAGUUCUUUGCGGUACCGGCGAAGAAAUGGCUUGCAUUAAACUGUGGGCGGCCACUUGUCUUUAGUAUCGUGAACAUUGUUUGUGGGCAAAUAAAGCUCUAUCCCGCUGCUACUCGUGUAGUCUCUUUCUCUUCUCCUCUUUCUCCUCCUCACGUCUUUCUCCCUCUCCUCAUCUCCAGCCUCAUUUUUCACCUCUCACCUAUCCCGAUAAUUCACAAUGCGUCGCUCCAUUGCCCGCGGCGUCCCCGCGCUCGCCUCCCGCGCCCGCCCAUCCCUCACCCCCCGCCUCGCCGGCCUCUCAACCUCAACCCCAAUCCAAGCCUCCAAGUCCACCACAAUCCGCAGCCUGCACAUCACCUCACGCACCCAGCAAGCCUCCUCCGCCGGCGUUAAGCUCACCUCCACCACAACCUCCUACCCAACCUCGCACGAGAAGAUCCAGAACCCCGUCGACACCCCUUUCUUCAUCGACAACAAGUUCGUCGCCUCCACCACGAGCGAGUUCAUCGACCUCCACGACCCCGCCACCAACAAUCUCGUCACCCGCGUCCCGCAAAACACUGAUGAGGAGCUCCGCGCUGCUGUGGCGAGCGCGCAGGCGGCGUUCCCGGGAUGGCGCGCGACGAGCAUCGUGACGAGACAGCAGAUCAUGUUUAAGUUCGUGCAGCUGAUUCGCGAGAACUGGGAUCGUUUGGCUGCUUCUAUCACGCUUGAGCAGGGGAAGGUUGUUUCUGAUGCUAAGGGUGAUGUGCACCGUGGUCUUCAGGUCGCUGAGAGCGCGUGUGGUAUCACGUCGCAGCUUACUGGUGAGGUGUUGGAGGUGGCCAAGGAUAUGGAGACGAGGAAUUACCGCGAGCCGUUGGGAGUUGUCGCGGCCAUCUGCCCAUUCAACUUCCCCGCCAUGAUCCCAUUGUGGUCCAUCCCAAUCGCCACUGUCACCGGUAACUGCCUGAUCCUCAAGCCAUCCGAGCGUGACCCCGGCGCGGCCAUGAUUCUCGCCGAGCUUGCAAAGGAAGCCGGUCUUCCAGAUGGUGUGCUGAACAUCGUGCACGGCUCGCACAGGGCCGUGGACUUCAUCCUCGAUGCGCCAGAGAUCAAGGCCAUCAGCUUUGUCGGCAGCAACAAGGCCGGAGAGUACAUCUACAGCCGAGGCUCCGAGAACGGGAAGCGUGUCCAGGCCAACCUCGGCGCAAAGAACCACGCUGCUGUCUUGCCGGACUGCAACAAGAACCACGCUCUCAACUCCAUCGUUGGCGCCGCAUUCGGUGCUGCGGGACAGAGAUGCAUGGCGCUCAGCACCCUGGUUAUGGUUGCUGAGAGCAAGGACUGGCUUCCUGAGCUUGCUGACCUCACUAAGUCGCUGGUCCUUAACGGUGGGUUCGAGAAGGACUCUGAUCUUGGCCCGGUUAUCAGCAAGCACAGCAAGGAGCGCAUUGAGGGUCUGAUUGCCAGCGCUGAGGAGGAGGGCGCUACUAUCCUCCUCGAUGGUAGGGGCUACAAGCCCGCUGACCCCAAGUUCGCUAACGGCAACUGGGUCGGCCCAACCAUCAUCACCGGCGUCAAGCCGCACAUGAAGUGCUACACCGAGGAGAUCUUCGGCCCCGUCCUCAUCGCCCUCGAAGUCCCCACCCUCACCAACGCCAUCGACCUCAUCAACGCCAACGAAUACGGCAACGGCGUCGCCAUCUUCACCAAGUCCGGCGCGACCGCGCAGGCGUUCCAGAAGCACAUCGAGUGCGGCCAGGUCGGCAUCAACGUCCCGAUCCCCGUGCCGAUCGGGGUGUCGAACUUCUCGUUCACGGGGAACAAGAAGAGUAUUGCGGGGGGAGGGGCGAAUACGUUUUAUGGAAAGAUUGGAUUGAACUUCUAUACGCAGCAGAAGACGGUGACGAGUUUGUGGAAGGAGGAGGAUGCGUUGGCGACGAAGGCGGAUGUGUCGAUGCCGGUUCAUCAUUAGGGGGGUGU